AAAUGUUGGGUUGUUGGGGUUUUGAAGAGUUUGGUGAUUUCGUUAUUGAUUUUUGUUGUUAUGGGUUUUGGCUUGCAGAUGAAGUGUGCAAGGAAGCGGUAUGUGGAAAGGGAAAAUGCAUAAAUUCUCAGAAUAGCACGUUCUCUUACGAAUGCGAAUGUGAUCCUGGGUGGAAACAGGCUCGUGCUGACGAAGAUGAUCAUCUCAAGUUUCUCCCUUGUGUAAUCCCCAGCUGCACACUCAAUCAUGCUUGUGCAGCGGCCUCUGCUUCAUUCCAGGACAAAGCAUUAGAAGCUAAUACAUCUAUCUUUGAUCCCUGCCACUGGGCUAAUUGUGGAGGCGGGUUAUGUAACACGACAUCAGCUUUCACAUACAAUUGCAUUUGUAAGGAGGGUUUCUACAAUCUGCUUAACACCACUGCCUUCCCAUGCUACCAAGGAUGUGAAAUUGGAAUGGAUUGUACAGCCAUUGGCAUCUCGAUGCCAAAUAAGUCCUCAACAGUAGAUCCUGCAUUACCUGACGAUAGCAACAACCAAGCUGGCUUGAGUCUACACAGAGAUUAUCAUUGGCUGAUAAUCCCGCUCAUGUCCCUUGCUAUGGUUAAUUGACUCCAAGAUUAGGUGGAUUUUCUGGCUUUCUAUUCCACGAUUCAGAUGGAUAAUUCAGCUCUUCCCAUUAUUCAGCACACCGUUUGUCAUCCUAGUCCUGCUAUUUCCCUGUGAAUAUUUAUGUCAUGAAUAAAUUAGUUUGUAAAAUUUUCAUGUCAUAUGAAUAAGCCUACCACAUUUAGGAUCCGUAGUACCAUACAUAGAUGUUGGAUCCGACAUAAGGGAAUGACAGAUUCUUUUAUCUGAGUUCAUGACUCUACUUAUUCUCACCUAUAUAUCAUGUUAUAAAUUUUAAUAUAGUGAAUUGGGAUCU